GCCAAACGGGCCAGCAGGGGAGCGCGGCUGGUGGUGCAGGCCAAGGUGGACCUGCAGGGCGCGCCGCGCGUCAUCCGCGGCAAGUGCUUUGUGACCAAGGACAACAUCGACACCGAUCAGAUCAUCCCUGCAGAGUACCUGACGCUUGUGCCGUCCAAGCCUGACGAGUACGAGAAGCUGGGCAGCUACGCGCUGUGCGGCCUGCCAGACGAGGAGUACCCCACACGCUACGUCGAGGUGGACAGCAUGAAGACCGAGUACCCUGUCAUCAUCGGGGGCCAGAAUUUUGGGUGCGGGUCGUCGAGGGAGCACGCGCCGGUGGCACUGGGCGCCAGCGGCGCCACCGUGGUGGUGGCGGAGUCGUACGCCCGCAUCUUCUUCCGCAACUGCGUCUCCACCGGCGAGCUGUACCCUGUUGAGACUGAUGCGCGGCUCUGCGAUGAGCUGGAGACGGGUCGGGAGGUGGAGGUGGACAUGGUGGCGGAUGUGCUCACAGACCUGGCCACCGGCAAGAAGUACUCGCUCAAGCCGCUGGGAGACGCGGGGCCAGUGAUUGAUGCUGGCGGCAUCUUUGAGUAUGCGAGG